GGUAGUUUUGUUUCAUUAAUUGAAACCUUAUCGGAGCAGCAGUCACACGGAGCCAGAGAAGCAUCCUGAGCGCUGUGGAUGAAAAAUCCUUUAAAAUAAUAAUAAUAAAAAAAAAAACACUAGAAACCUCAAGUUUAUUUAAAACCAGGUCUUUUUAGGAUGAAGAUAUCCUGAAGAUGGGUUUAACGCGUUUGGAGAAAUAAGUCUAAAUCAUCGAAAGGAGGUGGGGGGGCUUUUUUUUUUUUUUUUUUUUAGCGUUUACCAGCAGCUGGAGUAAAACACAUCGGACUUAAAGGAGCCAUUUAUUACAUCUGGAGGCAUGUCGUCGGAAAAACACGGAAUCGACGACUCUGGCCGUCAGACCAUGCAGCCGCCCCCAUACCUCCCAGGUCCUCAGGAUCCCAACAUGCAGCAGCAUCCCAACAUGGCCGCCGCUCCAGGCGCCCAGCCCGGUUAUCCGGCUCCACCGCCUCCUCAGGGCUCUGAAGGAUACUUACAAGAAACACAGUUCCACUGUGGCCCAUUUGGGCCCCCUGGGACAACACAGGGCUACACGGUUCAGACCCAAGCCCCUGGCGGCACCAUGCCGCAUCCUCCUGUUGGAUACAUCCACCCGGGAUACCCCCUGCAGCUGCAGCCCUGCACAGCCUACGUACCCAUCUAUCCCAUGGCGUCGGGUCAACCCUACAUGCCAGCGGGAGGAACUCACCCAGGGAUCCCCCCAGGUCAGAUUCACCCCAUGCAGAUGCCCCCCAGCAUCACCCUAAUGGACCGCCGGCCGCCUCAUGACUACCUUCCCAUCGCCGUGCUCACCACUGUAUGCUGCUUCUGGCCUACAGGCAUAAUUGCCAUAAUCAAGGCAGUGAAGGUGCGCAUGGCAAUAGCUCGAGGGGACAUGGUGACUGCGGAAAUAGCCUCCCGAGAGGCUCGCAACUUCUCCUUCAUCAGCUUGGCCGUGGGCAUUGCCUCCCUUGUGCUGUGCACCAUCCUUACCGUGGUAGUCAUCAUAGCCUCGCAGCAUCACGACGACGACUGGGACCCCUAACUGGUCCUGAUCCCCUGAUGGGAAGCCACUAUGUCUAAAUAUUAUCUAGCUAACUUCUCUCAAUCAUUUGGUGAGGAGGGGAGUAGGAGGAAAAUGCACCGUUUCUGCUUGUUGGCCCUUUCUGUAUAGCUACCCACACAGUUUAAAGACCUAACCUGUUUCUAUCAAACACCCACUAAUGACCAAAAAUAGCAAGCAGUUUUUUAAAUGGGUCUAGAGUGACCACUUCAUAUUUCCUUUCAUAUUAAAAGUAGGAGCUCCAGGAUGCAGACAAGCCUUCUUGUAUUCAUGAUUUAUUUGUCUGCUGGUAAUUAAGGCAGCCUUCAUUGAUGCAUUGAAAUUAAAAACAAGUCACUGUGUUUAUUAUUUCAGUGGACCCACCACCUUUAUUUAUUCACAUAUACAAAUGCACAUGUAGCCCCUGCAGCGUGUGUAAUACAUCUGAUAUGUAUAACACGCUUUUCUAGAAAUGUUUUUUUUUUUUUUUUUUUUUUUUUUUUUUUUUUUUUUUUGCUAUAGGGUUCUAAAUUGUGAUGAAGAAUUGCUCGGUAGACAUUCAUACCUACAGAUAUCCAGCCAACAUUUAAACAGAGGACCCAUUCUGGUAGGAAAUGGGUUGAACAUUGAGCUUCAGAUUGGAUGGACCUUAGGUUGUCCCUUAUGUGAACUGCAUAAAUAGGUUUGUUGAAGAUGCAUAUUUAACCCAAGUUUGUCCUUUUAGAAGACAAAUUUGUCCAAACAUAUAAACAUCUAAGAUCACCAGAAAGUAUUCACACCCCUUCAUUAAAAAAAAAUCAAGUUAAGUAUGAUUCUGAUUUUUAAAACUUCUACACCGAAUAACCAAUAAUGACAGUUUUAAAAAUUAUGUUUUCAGACAUUUAUUUCAUUUAUAGAAAAAACUUAAGCAUAAAGUUGUAAAGGUAUUAGCCAUAUACCUUUUUGCUUUUUAUAUUUGUGCUAGAAGAUGAAUUUUCACCCUAGUCCACAGCACUACUGCAGAUUAGCAUCCCCACACCAUGAUGCUUUCACCACCAUGCUCUAUAUUCUGGAUGGUGUUAGCCAGCCAAUGAGCAAGGCCCGUUUUUACUCCAGUGUUUUAUUGUCAUACCGUCACAAGUACAGCACAAAGAAAUUCACUCUCUGCAUUUAACCCAUCCCCUUGGGGACCAGUGGGCUGACAUUUGCGGUGCCCAGGGAGCAUUAAUCGUCUUUGCUCAUACUGGCAGUCUGUGGAAGUAGGUUUUCGAACUCACAACCUCAGGAUUCCAAGCUCUAUGCCCUAAACACUAGGCCACCUGUUUUUAUCCAGUCACGAUGCUUGGAGCUCAAGGCAAAUUUUUUAAAUUUUUUUUUAAACAGACCAGAGAACAUUGUUUAGCCUGGUAGUUUUCAAAGUGUUUUUUUUUUUGCCAAAGUUAUGCCUGCUGUCAUGUGACUUUACAUAAAGUGUUUCCUAUCUCACCACUUCACUAUAGCGGCCUAAUUAAUGAAGUAACGUUAUUGAUUGUUCACAACCUCUUUAGGUGACUCUUAGUUUUUUUAUUCACCUCACUGGCACUAACUACUGAGUUUGGUUUAGAGGCUAAGUCAAAAAAUCGUCCAAACAGCUUCCAUUCCUGUAUAAUGGAGACCUUGUGCUCUUCAGGGUAUUUUGAUGCAUUUUUUCUUUCUGUUUCCCCUCAUUUUUGCCCAUACAGCCUGGUGUAGGAGACACCAGGCGAUUGCUUUGUCUUCAUUAUUUAGUUUCUGCUCUGAUAAGCACUGUCAAGGGGAGGACCUUGUAAGGACGUGUGUGCUCCUGCUAUCAUGUUUGCUCAAAUCAAGAUGUAGAAGGAGCUCAAGGAGGGCCAGUGGUCAAACCAAAGGGCAGUUUCUUUAGAAAUUCAGAAAAAUGUCUGAAUUGAUGUUUGUUUGCCAUUAUUAUCUUCUUUUUGUAGAUAAAAAAAAGUUCAUUAAUCUAUGUUUAGAUUUAGACAACAAAAUAUAGAGUAAAGAGUGAGAGGCUGUGAAUACUUUCUAAUAGCUCUGUACACCUGCUUGCUGGGUGUGAAGUGAGCGUCUGUCAGAAAAAUUUGAUCAAUUUCUAUGAUGAAUAGUGGAUAAAAAAACUUCCAAUAUAAACUGUACCUUUUCUGUUUAAAUAAUAUGCUUUUGAUUUACAUUCUUCAUUAUUUAAUUACGACCCUUCUGCUGUAGUAUAUAGUGAGUUUUUCCAGCUAUCUGAUAACCUUAAUUGGCUUAAUGUUAAUACCUUGUGGUGAUAAUGAUGACAUGGCACUUUGUAGUAUCCAGAUAAAAUGACACAGCUGUUUACAUUUAUAGAUCUUAUAGUGCAUGAUGAAUAUAAAUCUAGGCUAAUGGGCUUUUAGUGCAAAAGUACCUGUGUUGCCAGCAACGGAUGGGAGCAUUUCCUAAAAUAUUCAAUGGCUUUGCGAUGCAGUAUUUUCCAAAAUGGUAAACAAGCUAAUCUUGUAAAGAUAGAGAGACUUAGUCAAGAAGAAUAUGCAUAUUAGAUCUACAGAUAUUCUUUUUUGCAAGUAAUGUAGACAAGUAUUAGUAUUUUUCUGUGGCAGAUCUUAUGCUAUUUUACCCUCUAAGACUCUGUUCUUAGUGCAGCAGUAGAAAUAUGAGGUAACGUAACCCUGCAUGUCAUCCUCAGUUUGUUUUCCAUUUGUCCUAAGUAUUAAGGAUAGAUGUGUGCAUCUGGUUCCUACAAUGUAGCUCUGAACAGCAGCUGUGCUGUUGUCUCUGAGAAGUAACGUGGCUUUGAAGUCGCAGUAUGAACUUUUAUCUGAGGUUUCAGGGGGUUAUGAAAUUGAAUGUUUCCAGUAAAAGAGAGAAAAACAAUAUUGCCUAAAUUGUGUUGUAGCACUUUCUGCUCUAUGAAAAACGAUAUCCCUCCCUGUGAGUCCCCAUUUACUGAUCAAUGGACCUAUGACAUAUCUUUGCUUUUUCCUUUGAUGUAGAUGCUUUAGAAAAUAUUACAGAGUUCUAUAAAUUUACAGAUAGUAUUUAAAAAGAUAUAUGCUGUGGUUUGUAAUUAACAGUAUUAUUAAUGCCUAUGUGUUAUAUUUUGUAUAUUUGGGUACAACUGGGCCUUCAUUUAUUAAUCAGAAACAAGGAUUUACCCUUUAGGUGUAAAGUAAUUCUUUAAAAAGGAAGAGUUAUUCUUUUAUAAAAUAAGUUGUGAGUUUAUGUAGAACUUAUUUUUUAUCCCUAGGAGUCGUGUAAGUAGUUUGUUCUUUCCAAUAUGGUUAGAAAAAUCAACUACUUCUUACAGUAGAUUAAUAUACUCAGCAUCUUUAUUGCUUUAGACUUUUUUCUUUUUUAAUCUCUAAUCACUGGCUCAUGUCGGUUAGAAAACAGCUUCUCCUCAUUUCAUCAUAGUGAAACCACAAAUGUUUGUAAUAAUGGCAAAAGUGAGUUGCACUUAAAGAUUUUUUUUAUAUUUUUUAUUUUCACUUAUGAAAAUGUAUCAUAAUUUAGACCCGUUCUAUUGAAAAUAAAAAAUACAUUUGUUCAUACAUCUACCAAAAGACAGGAAGAACUGCCUCCCAUCUGCACGGAGUUGACAAACGUCUGGCACCUGAUUGGUCUAAAUUCAUCCUCAAUAUUUCUGGUUAAAAAAAAAAAAAAAAAGAAAGUAUUUUUUAAAAUGUCAGCCUUAAAAUUUCCUUAAAUUGGUGGUUCCCUUGCAAAAUUAGGCAACAGGACCUCUUAAAAAUAUUAGAACAUAUUAUUUAUCCCUAAUAUGUAAUGCAUAAGGUGGAUGCCAUAAUAAGAAAUAUCCCCAUAAGUUGAAGUCUCAUCUAGCAUUUUCACAGUUUGAGGUUGUCUAACAAACUACUAAUUUGUUUUACUUUCCAAUCACUUAAAAAAAAAUGUGCCUCUCUUCUAAGAAAUGUCCAGAACAACAUAUUUUUACUCAGAUUUUAAGGGAGAUAUAUCUAAUGACUAUCACAUUUGCAGCCUUUAUUCCUGGAAAAAGGCAGCUAUUCUGGACCCGUUUUUCCUUUUAAAGAAUGAACUCUACACAGAUAAAAUUUUUAACACACUAAUUUCAGCUAAAGAUUCAAUUACACAGAAUCAGCAGUGACUCUUAAGACUGCUUCAUGCUGUCAGGCGGCUAUUAAUGUGCUUUCCUGAUUCAACAGGUCAGGCAGUAAUCAGCACUUGGUUUGACUGAAAAAUGUUUUUAACUGAAUAUAACAUUUUACUAAUUUCCAGUUAUUAUAAACCUUGUUGGCAGCUGUUGCUACCAGGUAUGGAAGAGGAUUAGGGCCAUUAAAAAAAAAGUUACAAGAGAAAGCCAAAAAUGAUUUUGAUAUCAGACUUUAUUUUCAGAACUCUGACUUUUUAUUUUAUUUCUGAUUUUAAUCCAAAUUAUUCUCAUAGAAUUAUGACUAUUUUUUAUAUUCCUCCCUUAUCAAAGUGACAACCCUGGGCUUUGUUGGUAUACUUCUAAUUAUUUUGACUUUUAAUUCUGAGAUUUAAGUCUGAAAUCUGAAAAUAAAGUCAUAAUUAAAUAACCUUUUUUUUUCUUGAUUGGUCGUUUUGUUUUUGGUUUUGUAAAAUGGCCCUAAUGCUCAUCUGUAUCCAGAUGUAAAAUAACCAGGUAAUAGGUUUUGUUGCCUUUUCAUAUAUGGCUAAAUUGAUUUGAAAAGCUCUUUCCCCCUUUAAAAUGGAAUGAAACAAUUAGAAGAUUUGUUUUAUACCUAAAAUGUAUAUCUUGCAGAAAUAUUUAAAUGCAAUAAUAGGGGAUAACAAAAGACAUGGAAGGAGAAAAAAUAUUUUCAAAGCACUGUAUACCUAAUAUCUGCGUAGAUUUUAUGGGUCAGUUUUUAAAUGAUCUACGAGGCAACCGUCAAACAUGGCAGACCGUUUUACUGGAGCUAACAGUUUAAGAAUGCUAAGAAGUCUAAUAAAUUAAGAAAUAAACAAAAAGUUGACUUCCCCCCCCUAAAUAAAAUGUUAUCAUCUAGAUUCAUCUAGAUUAGAAACUGUUUUUUCAAGUUUAACAUUGAAAUUCAGUCUGCACAAAUUGACAACAUCCACUUCAAAGCUCUUGCACCUGAAAUGUCUCUAUUCUUUAACAUAAGUGCAUUUCAAAUCUGUAGAAUAUUUUUCUUUGAACAUAAGAAAAACCCAACCAAAAAGAAAAGCUCCGUCUUAAAUUGAGGUUAUACAUGUUAGCUUUCGUUACAAGCCUGGAAAUGGCGCAUGGCUGGCCUUACACUCUCAGAACAGAUUUUUACCUUGCCUUAUUUCACCUCUUUGUUUGUUUUUAGCUUUCUACAUAUUGAAGAUGUGUGGUAUCUUAUGGUCAGCAUAUUAGAGCUUGCAGAUUUAUUUCAUUACUUUUUUUCAUAGAAGACUGGCUGGUGCAAGGCUAACAGUUGGAGCUACAAUAGCUUAGCAACGGUGUCACUGUCUGAAACAAGGCCAAAUAGAAUAACAAACAAUAAAUGUCAAAAAAUGAUAUAAAACAUACUUAUCAAAGUUGUAGUGAACAGGUGUAAAUGUAUUUCUUAAUGCAAAUACAAAUUUUUCUGUUUGAUAAAUUCAGGCCCUUUAAUUAUACGAUGAUAUUUAGUGUUCCAGCGUAAUUGAGGCACAGUGCUGUUUAGUAUUAUUGUGCAGAAGGCUCUGGCAGUGAGUGUGUGUCUGCUGAAUAUAGAGACUUCUAUUAUGUGGCAUUAGGCUGCGACUCUCCAUGUGCUUUACAAUAACUGCAGCUGUUUGUGCUACAGCACCAAGAUGAUCCCCUGUUUCUGUCAUUAUCUUAAGUUUUUAAGGGAUUUGCUUGUUUAAAGAGCCAAAAACUACCUUGUGUACAUGUAGGGGGUUUAUCAUCCUCAUGUUCUUGGCUGUGUUGCACAUGCAUUGGUUGUUUCCGAUUUCAGUUGUUUGAGUAACGAAUAAAAUAAUUCUGGUUUGUGAA